AUGGCACGAAGGAAAGAAUCAGCAACAGGAGCACUCGAUAAAGACUCGAAUCAAUCGGCAGUUGAACGACAAACGGAGUCUUCACACAAGAGUGGUACAAUUUGGGAUGCUAUACGUAAAGCGGAUCAACCAUCACUGGAACGCCUCCUUGAUGCUGACCCCAAUAGUAUCAAUACAAGAGGUUUUGUUGGUGAAUGUCCUAUUCAUAUGUUGUUCUUAUACGGGACUGAAGCUCAUCUCAAUAUGGCUCAAUAUCUCAUUACACGUUUCCCAGAGAUUAUCAUACAGAGCUACACUGAGGCAGAAUAUUAUGGCGAAAUUGUUCUUCAUAUCGCUAUUAUAAAUCGCAAUGCAACCAUGGUCGAAUGGCUCCUCGGUGAUAAACGUAAUCGACCCUAUCAAGAACAACAGCUAACAGCUGCCGCCAGUGGACACUUUUUCCAAUUUGGUAGACCAUGUUAUUAUGGUGAAAAUCCUUUAGCAUUUGCUUGUUGUACUAAUCAAUGGAAUAUUGCGGAAAUUCUGCUCAAGUAUGGGGCUGAUUUAGAUAUGGUUGACAGUAAUGGAAACACAAUAUUACAUUUACUUGUAAUUCAUAAUCUACCAAAGAUGUAUACCAAAUUCAAGAAACAUUGGUUGGACCAACAGGCAACGGUGACUAAUGAGUCGGAUGAUGAUGAUGAUAAGGGCAAAGUAGUUGCAUCUGUGAAGGAAAAGAAGGUUCCACUAUGGAACCGUCUCAAUAAAGAUGGUUUCACUCCGUUGACCUUAGCAGCUAAAUUAGGUCAAAAUGACAUGUUCUCCUUUUUAUUUGAUGAACGUAAAAAGGUUCAAUGGUGUUACGGGCCUGUGUCGUGUGUACUUUAUCCACUUGAUGAAGUCGAUCUUGAAAUUCAACAAGAAGGCGAGAAUGCACCGCCUGGAGCUCUUGAAUUGAUUUUAAAAAGUACUCAAACUGAACUUAUUAUGCAUCCACGUCUUAUCGAUUUAGUCAAUAGAAAAUGGGAACGUUUUGCACGACGUAUUUUUUUUCGACGUUUUCUUAUCACUCUUACCUAUUUAUUAAUUUUUCUUCUUACUACAAUUCUCGAUCAGACGCGAACAGAAACAACACAACGUAAACGUAAAGAAAUUGUAGUGAUUAGUGUUAUAUAUCCAGGCAUGAUUCAUCAAAUUAUAUGCCUAACAGGCCAUCUAAUUGUAUUAGCUGGUGCUGUAUCAAAAGGCAAUUGUGAACUCAGGGAAAUGAGAAGCGUAGGCAUACGAAAAUAUUUUCAGACUAAGGGUGCUGGUCUUCUUGAAAACUGUCUAGCAUGUUCAUUUUGUGCUGGUAUCAUUAUUGUUAAUAUUUUUCGUCUAUUCAAUAUACAAGCACAGACGACCGUACUUGCACUUGUCUCAAUAGUAGGUUGGGGUUACAUGCUAUUUUUUGUUAUGGCUUUUCAACUUACUGGACCAUUUGUGGUCAUGAUUUAUGAAAUGCUUUUUAAUGAUGUACUUCGUUUUUGUAUAAUUUAUAUGGUAUUUCUUGUUGGCUUUUCACAAGCAUUCUUUAUUCUAUUCAAUAAUAACGGUUUUAGUGGCUUUUUUCUGAGUGUCAAGCAAUGUUUUUUUGGUAUGUUGGGUGAUUUCGAUAUUGAUCGUUAUACGGGAACAACAUUUCAAUAUGUCAGCGUUUCAUUACUCGUCAUUUACGUUGUUGUUGUUAGUAUUCUUCUCCUGAAUUUACUCAUUGCUAUGAUGGGUGAUACAUAUGGAAAUAUAAUUGAAGGUGCUACACAAAUAUGGCAUUUGGAACAAGCACGUAUUGUGUUUGCAAUUGAAAAUGAAAUGUCGGCAGACGAACGUAUGCUAAAUGAGAAUAAAUAUUGGACAACUAUUGAUGGUAAACGAUAUCUACAAGUAGAAGAAGUUGACAAAGAUUGUUUUCGUGAUAUUAAUAAUGAUAACAGAGAUGAUGACAACAACGAGAAAAAAAGAGAAACAUAA